AUGGCUGCUUCUGAUUUCCAGUGCGUUGCAUUUCUGCUUAUAAUAAUAAUUCCUGUAAUUGCAAAUGCUCAGACUCUAUUAUCUUUUAACUGCUCCAACUUCACCCAAAGUCAUUGUGCUGAUGAACUAACCCUGCAAGGUGAUGCUAGUCACGCACAAUCUUCUAACGUUAUCGAACUCGCAGGAAGCAAAAACAAUGCUUCAGGAUUUGGAAGAGUGAUAACAAAGGCAACACAUCUUAAGGUAAAUAAUUCAAGAUACGACUUCACCACAAACUUCUCCUUUCUUGUUUUCACAGAGGAUCCCACCUAUCCUGGAGAUGGUUUGGCAUUCUACAUAGCAAGCCCGAAACUCCCGAUCCAAGACCAUAUAGACGGCGGAGGCCUCGGCCUUGCCAAGGGUUACCACCAUCUCCCAAGUGGUUACUCUUUUGUGGCUCUGGAGUUUGACACAUUCUCAAAUGCAUGGGAUCCAAGUGGUCCAUCCCCGCAUGUAGGACUAGAUCUCAAUUCUGUUGUUUCCAGCCUCUCUGAGACAUGGUUGGUAGAUUUUUCAGAGAGAAAUAAAGUGUUCAAUUGUAGUAUUGACUACAACUCUGGAACCAAGCGUCUAGAUGCUUUCUUCACUGCAAGCUCCUUCAAUGGACUUGUAAAGAAGCAAUUUUCGUUUCCUUUGGAUCUCGAUGAGUUCAUACAAGAUCCUGUUACUAUUGGCAUAUCAGCUGCAGUUGCAGAAAAAAAUUAUACUGUGGUAUAUAGCUUGUUGUCAUGGUCAUUCAGUUCAACCUUACAUGUGCCGAGUAAUGCGGCCGGUUCCUUUCCUUACAAGGCACAUUUGGAGAAAGCACUAGAAAUAGGGAUUGGUUUCUUUCUAUGUUUAUUUGUUUUGAUAUUAGUCCUACUCCUGAUUUUGAUACAGAGGGGAGGGAAAAGAGAUCCUGAAUCGGCGUUUGAUCCGAUGGAUCAUGAAUUCCAAACGGGCACUGGACCACAGAGGAUCAGCUAUGACAGAUUGGUGUGUGCGACGGAUAACUUCCAAGAGGCGAAGAAGCUUGGGAGAGGCGGUUUUGGUGCUGUGUAUAAAGGAUAUUUCAAAGAUACAGACUCUUAUGCUGCUGUAAAGAAGAUAUCAGCAGAUUCAAAGCAGGGAUUAAAGGAAUAUGCAGCUGAAGUGAAGAUCAUUAGCCAAUUGAGACACAGGAAUUUGGUGAGACUUACUGGUUGGUGUCACAAGAAGAAUGACUUCGUCCUGAUAUAUGAGUACAUGCCGAAUGGAAGCUUGGAUUCUUUUCUUUUCCACGGAGUAGGCUUCUUGUCUUGGCAAGUAAGGUACAACAUAGCUUUGGGAUUGGCAUCGGCAUUGCUAUAUCUGCAAGAAGGGUGGGAAAAGUGUGUGCUUCACAGGGACAUUAAAUCAAGCAACAUAAUGUUGGACUCAGAUUUCAAUGCUAAACUUGGGGAUUUUGGAUUGGCCAGGCUUGUGGAUCAUGAGAAAGGUUCAAGGACCACAGUGACUGCUGGCACACUUGGUUACAUGGCACCAGAAUACAUGAAAACAGGAAAAGUUCGAAAGGAAUCUGAUAUAUACAGUUUUGGGGUGGUUUUGUUGGAGAUAGCAAGUGGCAAAAAGGUUAUGCACCACAUAGAAUUGGAGGGUCGUGUGACUCAAGUUUCAUUGGUAGAGUGGGUUUGGGAGCUGUAUGGGUUGAGAAACAUCACAGCAGCAGCAGAUCCAAAUCUAUGUGUUGCAUUUGAUGAUCAACAAAUGGAAUGUAUGCUUGUUGUUGGUCUUUGGUGUGCUCAUCCAGAUUGCAGAUGCAGGCCCUCUGUAAGGCAAGUGAUGAAAGUGCUUAACUUUGAUGCUCCUUUACCCAUUCUUCCAGAAAGAAUGCCUCUUCUACCCUAUCUCCCCUCAACCACAAAUGAAGUCUUUUUAACUGCUGUUUCUUCAUUCUCUGGUACCUAA